UUGGGAAAUAUCCUACUUAAUUUUAGUCUCUCUGCAAAGAGAUUAGAGUCGCCGUAUCAGAAGUUUGUCGUUUCAGAAAUGGGUUCGGAGUCCAAUUCCGGCGACGUGAUCUUAGGUGUCGACGGCGGUGCCACCUCCACGGUCUGCGUUUGUCUGCCACUUCUACGCCUCCCUGACCUUCCCGAUCCUCUUCCCAUCCUCGGCCGUGCCCUUGCCGGUUGCUCCAACCACAAUAGCGUCGGAGAACAUGCGGCAAGGGAAGCACUUGAAAAGGUCAUGCAGGAAGCGCUUUCAAAUGCUGGUAUGAAGCAAUCACAUGUACGGGCAGUUUGUUUAGGAUUAUCUGGUGUUAACCACCCAAAAGAUCAGGAGAACAUUUUGAACUGGUUGAGGAACAUUUUCCCGAGUGAUGUAAAGUUAUAUGUUCGCAAUGAUGCUAUAGCUGCCCUUGCUAGCGGGACCAUGGGGAAGCUUUCUGGCUGUGUUCUGAUUGCAGGUACAGGAAGCAUUUGUUAUGGAUUUACUGAAGAUGGCCGAGAAUCUCAUGCUGCUGGGGCAGGGCCUAUAUUGGGUGAUUGGGGGAGUGGCUAUGGUAUUGCUGCUAAAGCUUUAACAGCAGUGAUGAGGGCUCAUGAUGGUCGAGGUCCACAGACAAUGCUUACAAGUCAUAUUUUACAGUGGCUUGGUCUUUCUUCGCCUGAAGAACUCAUAGGGUGGACCUAUGCAGAUUUAUCUUGGGCUCGAAUUGCGGCUAUUGUUCCAGUAGUAGUAUCCUGUGCUGAGGAUGGCGAUGCCAUUGCAAAUGAAAUUUUAAAUGCUGCAGUGCAUGAAUUGGCUAUCAGUGUCAGAGCUGUUGUUCAAAAACUAUGCCUGGCUGGGAAAGAUGGCAAUGAUUCUUUCCCACUUGUCAUGGUUGGUGGUGUUCUGGAAGCAAACAAGAAAUGGAACAUAGGGAAUGAAGUUACCAAUUCUAUUUUAAAGACCUACCCUAGGGCUUCUGUUAUUCGACCAAAGGUUGAGCCUGCAGUUGGUGCAGCUUUGUUGGCAAUGAAUUUCUUACUCAAAGAAGCUGAAGCUAAUGGCCAUAGGUGAACUGAAGGCACAAUGUACAGAUAGCAACUGUAUAGCAAUUGAAAUAUCUCUCUCUCUUUCUCUCUCACUCUGGGGGGUGUUUGGGCAGUACUAACGUUAAUCUGCUGGGUUUUUGUAUCAGUAUGUAUACUGAAUUCCACAAUGUAACUUUAUUAUGUGUCAUUGUCUCUCGUCUUUUAUUGCGGACGCAGAAUUGUUCUUUCGUAUGGUAGUGUCCUUCCCAUGAGGCCAUGACACGAAUAUUAUUGGAAGGACAAAGAAGCAAUAAGUGUUUUAUUAUUUUUCCUUCUUGAUUUGGAUGAUCUGGACUUUAUUACUCUAUAGUACAGAGAAUGAUAAAUAAGCACUUUUAAUUGUAGUAAAUA